AGUCAAUGACCACUCUAAACCAAAUAUGAGUGGAACAGUGCGUACAUUACCGCGCAAUAGAGCUACAACAUUCGUUGUCGACGGAAUUUCGCCAGCUAUAUUCGAUCUUCACCAUACAAUUGUGUUCGACAAGCGUACAGCUCCCGCGGAUGGUAUUCGAGCUAUCCGAACAGAAGGACAGGAUGCUAUCGGUGAAAUAUCCGUGACGAAGGUCUCAGGUAGCGAUGCAACACCGGAGGAUGAAGACGAUGAACACUUAUACCAUAUGUACAAAACGGUAUCGAAUGUCUUAGUAGAUGAACCUGAUCUCGUGUACACCCACUUCCUCCAACUCUCACAAUGCUAUCAAGCGAUGGCAACUAACAACAAAGUAGUUGUUUUCACUGAUGAUUUGUCAGUGCGAAAAGCAUUUUAUGCACUUGUUUCUAACUCAACUCGUACUGGUCUCAUUGCCGAUUCGAAUACUAUGAAUCUCACCGGCGUACUCUCAAUUACUGACUUCACAAUGGUGCUAAUGAUGCUCUGGAAAUAUCGAGAAAAUAUUGAAGAAAUGAGGGGAACACCCCUAACCCAACUUCAGUUCAACGAGAUGGAUAUUGCAAACAUGGAAAUCAAACGAUGGAAAGAAUUGCUCAGGAAACGUGGCAAUCAAAGGGAAUUUAUUAGCGUCAAUACGAGUGAAAGCCUUUUCCACGCUGUCGAAUUGCUUUCCAAGCAUCGCAUUCAUCGUCUGCCAGUUCUUGACAAGCAUUCUGGAGAUUGUGCCUUUAUCUUGACACAUCGUAGAGUCCUACACUAUAUAUGGAAAUAUUGUUCAUGUCUUUCACGCCCCGACUACAUGUCGGAAAGUGCCUUUGAUCUCAAAGUCGGAACCUACACGGGGAUUCAUUAUGCCACUCAGGAGAUGCCUUUAUUAGAAGUUCUAGAUAUGAUGAUAGACAAUUCUAUCAGUGGUGUGCCUAUCAUUCAAGAGUCAACAAUGAAAAUUGUUGACGUCUACACUCGUUUUGAUGCCGUGUCAGCAGCCCUUUCGAGAGCGAUCGACAUGUCAAUCAGUGUCGCGGAAGCAAUUCGGCAACGUCAAACAAUUUACGGUACCCGUGAUGGUGUCGUGACAGCUCCAGAACGUGCCACAAUGUGGGACUUAGUGGAAAUGUUUGUUGAGAAGAAUGUUCAUCGAAUAUUUCUUGUUGAUGAAUUCCAACGAAUGAAGGGUCUGGUCUCAUUGUCUGAUCUGAUCAUGUAUAUGAUACUCCGACCAUCAAUUGCCUGGCAGCAUAGGAAGUUAUCAGCAGUUCUCGAAAAAUAAAUGUUUGUCCUCAAA